AUGCAAAUAGAGCUCUCCACCUGCUUCUUUCUGUGCCUUUUGCCUUUCAGCUUUGGUGCCGUCAGAAGAUACUACCUGGGCGCGGUGGAACUGUCCUGGGACUAUAUGCAAAGUGAACUGCUCAGUGAGCUGCACGUGGACACAAGGUUUUCUCCUAGAGUGCCAAGACCUUUUCCAUUCAACACCUCAGUCAUGUACAAAAAGACUGUGUUUGUAGAGUUCAUGGAUCAGCAUUUCCACAUUGCCAAGCCCAGGCCACCAUGGAUGGGUCUGCUGGGUCCUACCAUCCAGGCUGAGGUUUAUGACACGGUGGUCAUUACACUUAAGAAUAUGGCUUCUCAUCCUGUUAGUCUUCAUGCUAUCGGCGUAUCCUACUGGAAGUCUUCUGAAGGUGCUGAAUAUGAGGAUAAAACCAGCCAAAGGGAGAAGGAAGAUGAUAAAGUCAUUCCUGGUAAAAGUCAUACCUACGUCUGGCAGGUCCUGAAAGAAAAUGGUCCAACGGCCUCUGACCCACCAUGUCUCACCUACUCAUACCUUUCUCAUGUGGACCUGGUGAAAGACGUGAAUUCAGGCCUCAUUGGAGCCCUGCUGGUUUGUAGAGAAGGGAGUCUGACCAAAGAAAGGACACAGACCUUGCAUGAAUUUGUACUACUUUUUGCUGUAUUUGAUGAAGGGAAAAGUUGGCACUCAGGAAAAAAUGAGUCCUUGACACAGGCUGUGGAUCCUGCAUCUGCAAUGCACACAAUCAAUGGCUAUAUAAACAGGUCUCUGCCAGGUCUGAUUGGAUGUCAUAAGAAAUCAGUCUAUUGGCAUGUGAUUGGGAUGGGCACCACCCCUGAAGUACACUCAGUUUUCCUUGAAGGCCACACGUUUCUUGUGAGGAACCAUCGCCAGGCUUCUUUGGAGAUCUCACCAAUAACAUUCCUUACUGCUCAGACACUCCUGAUGGACCUUGGCCAGUUUCUACUGUUUUGUCAUAUCUCUUCCCACCAACAUGAUGGUAUGGAAGCUUAUGUCACAGUAGACAGCUGCCCAGAAGAACCCCACAAAUGGAUGAAAAGUAAUGAAGAAGAAGAUUAUGAUGAUGUUUAUGACUCUGACAUGGAUGUGGUCAGAUUUGAUGGUGACAGCGCUCCUCCCUUUAUCCAAAUCCGCUCAGUUGCGAAGAAGCAUCCUAAAACCUGGGUCCACUACGUUGCUGCUGAAGAGGACGACUGGGACUAUGCUCCCUCAGUCCUUACCUCCAAUGACAGAAGUUUUAAAAGUCUGUAUUUGAACAAUGGUCCUCAGCGGAUUGGUAGGAAGUACAAAAAAGUCCGAUUUAUAGCUUACACAGAUGAAACCUUUAAGACUCGUGAAGCUAUUCAGUAUGAAUCAGGAAUCCUGGGACCUUUACUUUAUGGAGAAGUUGGAGACACACUUUUGAUUAUAUUUAAGAAUAAAGCAAGCCGACCAUAUAACAUCUACCCUCAUGGAAUCACUGAUGUCAGUCCUUUGCACUCAGGAAGAUUUCCAAAAGGAGUGAAGCAUUUGAAAGAUAUGCCGAUUCUGCCAGGAGAGAUAUUCAAAUAUAAAUGGACAGUGACUGUAGAAGACGGGCCAACAAAAUCAGAUCCUCGGUGCCUGACCCGAUAUUACUCAAGCUUCGUUAAUCUAGAGAGAGAUCUGGCUUCAGGACUCAUUGGCCCUCUCCUCAUCUGCUACAAAGAGUCUGUAGAUCAAAGAGGAAACCAGAUGAUGUCAGACAAGAGAAAUGUCAUCCUGUUUUCUGUAUUUGACGAGAAUCAAAGCUGGUACCUCACAGAGAAUAUUCAGCGCUUCCUCCCCAAUGCAGAUGGAGUGCAGCCCCAGGAUCCAGAGUUCCAAGUCUCCAACAUCAUGCACAGCAUCAAUGGCUAUGUUUUUGAUAGCUUGCAGCUGUCGGUUUGUUUGCAUGAGGUGGCAUACUGGUACAUUCUAAGUAUUGGAGCACAGACUGACUUCCUGUCUGUCUUCUUCUCUGGAUAUACCUUCAAACACAAAAUGGUCUAUGAAGACACACUUACCCUAUUCCCCUUCUCAGGAGAAACUGUCUUCAUGUCAAUGGAAAACCCAGGUCUGUGGGUUCUGGGGUGCCACAACUCAGACUUUCGGAACAGAGGCAUGACAGCCUUACUGAAGGUUUAUAGUUGUGACAGGAACACUGGUGAUUAUUAUGAGGACACAUAUGAAGAUAUUCCAACCUUCUUGCUGAAUGAAAACAAUGUCAUUGAACCCAGAAGCUUCUCCCAGAAUUCAAGGCACCCUAGCACUAGGCAAAUGCAAUUCAAAGCCACCACAACUCCAGAAAAUGAUAUAGAGAAGACUGACCCUCAGUCUGGAGAGAGAAUGCAGCUGCUUAAAGAACAAAGUGUCUCCUCUAGUGAUUUGUUGGUGCUCUUGGGACAGAAUCCUACUCCACAUGGAUUAUCCUUGUCUGAUCUCCAAGAAGCCAGAAAUAAGGCUAAUGAUCAUUUACCUAGAGCAAUAGAAAGAAACAAGCGCCCGUCUGAAGUGGCACAUCUCACACCAGAGCUCCAUCACAGUGGGAAAAUAGUAUCUACACCUGAGCCAGAGAUGCCGUUAAGAUUGAAUGAGAAUUUGGGGACAACUGUAACAGUAGAGUUGAAGAAACUUGAUUUUAAAAUUUCUAGUUCAUCGAACAACCUAAUGACUCCACCAACAAUUCUAUCAGACAAGUUGUCAGCAGGUACUGAAAAGACAGGUUCCUUAGGACCCCCAAAUAUGCCAGUUAAUUUUAGUAGUCAAUUAGUAUUUGGCAAAAAUUCAUCUCACUUUAUUGGGUCUGGUGUACCUUUGGGCUUGAGUAAAGAAGAUAAUGACUCCAAGUCAUUAGAAGCAGUUUUAACAAAUAGUCAAGAAAGUUCACUGGGAGAAAAUGUAUUAUCAGUGGAGAGUGAUAGGUUAUUUAAAGAGGAAAGAGUUCGUGGACCUGCUUCAUUGACCAAAGAUGAUGCUUUAUUUCAAGUUAAUAUCUCUUUAGUAAAGACAAACAAGGCACCAGUUAACUCAACAACUAAUGCAAAGACUCACAUUGAGGACCCCGCAUUAUUAAUUGAGAAUAGUACAUCAGUCUGGCAAGAUAUUAUGUUAGAAAGUAAUACUGAGUUUCAAGAAGUAAGUCCCUUAAUUCAUGAUGAAAUGUUUACGGACAAAAAUGCUACAGCUUUGGGACUAAAUCAUGUGUCUACUUCAUCAAAAAAUAUGGAAAUGAUCCACCAAAACAAAGAAGGCUCCGUGCCAGUAGAUGCAGAAUAUCCAGAUACGUCGUUCUUCAAGACUCUGUUCUUGCCAGAUUCAACAAAUUGGGUAAAAAGGACCCAUGGCAGGAACUCCCUAAGUUCUGGGCAAAGGCCCAAUCCAAAGCAAUUAACAUCUUUGGGAUCAGAAAAAUCUGUGAAAGAUCAGAAUUUCUUGUCAGAGAAGAAUAAGGUGGCAGUAGGAGAGGAUGACUUUAGCAAGGGCACAGGUCUUAAAGAGAUGAUUUUUCCAAAUAGCAAGAACAUAUUUCUUACUGACUUGGCUAAUGUCCAAGAAAAUGAUACACAGAAUCAAGAAAAGAAGUCUCAGGAAGAGAUAGCAAGGAAAGAAAAAUUAAUCCAAGAGAAUGUAGUUUUGCCUCAGGUGUAUACAGUGACUGGAACUAAGAAUUUUCUGAAGAACCUUUUUUCACUAAGCACUAAGCAAAAUGUAGAAGGUUUAGAUGAGGAGACAUAUACGCCAGUACUUCAAGACACCAGGUCAUUGAAUGGCUCAGCAAAAAGAGCAGGGAUUCACAUGGCCCAUUUCUCAAAAAUAAGGGAGGAAGCAAACUUGGAAGACUUGGGAAAUCAAACAAAGAAAAUGCUAGAUAAAUAUCCAAGCACCACAAAGAUGUCUUCUAUUCCAAGUCAGCAGAAGGCUAUACCUCAACGUGAUAAGCGGGAUUUGAAACAAUUCAGACUCCCACUAGAAGAAAUAAAGCUUGAAAGGGGGGUAAUUUUGAAUGACACCUCAACUCAGUGGUCCAAAAACAUGAAAUAUUUGACCCAGGGCACCUUCACACAGAUAGAGUACAACAGGAAGGAGAAAAGGGCCAUUAUUCAGUCAUUCUUAUCAGAUUGUUCUAUGAGGAGUCAUGACAUCAUUCAAACAAAUGGCUCUGCAUUACCCAUUGCACAGGUAUCAGUAUUCCCAUCAGUUAGACCUACAGAUGUGACCAAGAUUCCAUCCCAAGACAACUCUUCUCAUCCUCCAGCAUCCGCCUGUAGUUAUAGCUUUGUGGAAAGGAGUUCUGGGGUCCAAGAAAGCAGUCAUUUCUUACAAGGAGCCAAGAGAAAUAACCUUUCUUUAGCCUUCCUAACCUUGGAAGUGAUUGGAGGUCAAACAAAUAUCAGCACCCUAGGGAAACGGGCCACAAACUUACUCAUGUACAAGGAACUUGAGAACACUGUUCUCUUGAAACCAGGAUUGCCUGAAGCAUCUGGCAAAGUUGUUCAUCAGGAAGACUUUUUCCAUACAAAAACUAGCAAUGGUUCUCCUGCCCACCUGGAUCUCAGGAAAGAGAUAUUCCUUCAGAGAACACAGGGACUUGUUAAAUUGAAUAAAGUAAAUAGACCUGGAAAAGUACCCUUUCUGAAAUGGGCAACAGAAAGCUCUGAAAAUACUCCCCCCAAGCUGCUGGGUCCCCUUGCUUGGGAUAACCAAUAUGCUACCCUGAUACCAAGAGAAGAGAAAUCCCUAGAGAAGUCACAAAAACACAGAGCUUUUAAGACAAAAGACAUCAUUUUGCCCCUGGACCCUUGUGAAAACAAUCAUUCAAUAGCAGCAAUAAAUGAAGUACAAGAUAAGACCCAAAGAGAAGCCACCUGGGUAAAGCAAGGAGGGACUGGAAGGUUGUGGUCUCAGAAUCCACCAGUCUUGAAGCGCCAUCAAAGGGAAGUAACCCUUACUACUUUUCAGCCAGAGGAAGACAAAAUUGACUAUGAUGAUACUUUCUCAAUUGAUACGAAGAGAGAAGAUUUUGACAUUUAUGAUGAGGGUGAAAAUCAGGACCCCCGCAGCUUUCAAAAGAGAACGCGACACUAUUUUAUUGCUGCAGUGGAGCGGCUCUGGGAUUAUGGGAUGAAUAGAUCCCCCCAUGCACUAAGAAACAGAGCUGAGAAUGGAGAUGUCCCUCAGUUCAAAAAGGUGGUAUUUGAGGAAUAUGCUGAUGGCUCCUUUACUCAGCCCUUAUACCGUGGAGAACUAAAUGAACAUUUGGGACUCUUGGGACCAUAUAUAAGAGCAGAAGUGGAAGACAACAUCAUGGUAACAUUUAAAAACCAGGCAUCUCGUCCCUACUCCUUCUAUUCUAGCCUUAUUUCUUAUGAGGAAGAUCAGAGGGAAGGAGCAGAACCUAGAAAAAAGUUUGUCAAGCCUAAUGAAACCAAAACUUACUUUUGGAAAGUGCAGCAUCAUAUGGCACCAACGAAAGAUGAGUUUGACUGCAAAGCCUGGGCUUAUUUUUCUGAUGUUGAUCUGGAAAAAGAUGUGCACUCAGGCUUGAUUGGACCCCUUCUGAUCUGCCGCACAAACACUCUGAGUGCUGCCCAUGGGAGACAAGUGACAGUGCAGGAAUUUGCUCUGUUUUUCACUAUUUUUGAUGAGACCAAGAGCUGGUACUUCACUGAAAACAUGGAAAGGAACUGCAGGGCUCCCUGCAACAUCCAGAUGGAGGACCCCACUUUUAGAGAAAAGUAUCGCUUCCAUGCAAUCAAUGGCUAUGUGAUGGAUACACUACCUGGUUUAGCAAUGGCUCAGGAUCAAAAGAUCCGAUGGUAUCUGCUCAGCAUGGGCAGCAAUGAAAAUAUCCAUUCUAUUCAUUUCAGUGGACAUGUGUUCACUGUACGGAAAAAGGAGGAGUAUAAAAUGGCAGUCUACAAUCUCUACCCAGGUGUUUUUGAGACAGUGGAAAUGCUACCAUCCAAAGUUGGAAUUUGGCGGAUAGAAUGUCUUAUUGGCGAACACCUGCAAGCUGGGAUGAGCACUCUCUUCCUGGUGUACAGCAAGAAAUGUCAGACUCCACUGGGAAUGGCUUCUGGACGCAUUAGAGAUUUUCAGAUUACAGCUUCAGGACAAUAUGGACAGUGGGCCCCAAAGCUGGCCAGACUUCAUUAUUCUGGAUCAAUCAAUGCCUGGAGCACCAAGGACCCCUUUUCCUGGAUCAAGGUGGAUCUGUUGGCACCAAUGAUUAUUCACAGCAUCAUGACCCAGGGUGCCCGUCAGAAGUUGUCCAGCCUCUACAUCUCUCAAUUUAUCAUCAUGUAUAGCCUUGAUGGAAAGCAGUGGCGGAGUUAUCGAGGGAAUUCCACUGGGACCUUAAUGGUCUUCUUUGGCAAUGUGGAUUCAUCUGGGAUAAAACACAAUAUUUUUAACCCUCCAAUUAUUGCUCGGUAUGUCCGUUUGCACCCAACGCAUUACAGCAUCCGCAGCACUCUUCGCAUGGAGUUGAUGGGCUGUGAUUUAAACAGUUGCAACAUGGCACUGGGAAUGGAGAGUAAAGCAAUAUCAGAUGCACAGAUUACUGCCUCAUCCCACUUAAGCAAUAUGUUUGCCACCUGGUCUCCUUCACAAGCCCGACUUCACCUCCAAGGGAGGACUAAUGCCUGGAGACCCCAGGCAAAUAAUCAAAAAGAGUGGCUGCAAGUGGACUUCCAGAAGACAGUGAGAGUCACAGGAAUAACCACCCAGGGGGUGAAAUCUCUGCUUACCAGCAUGUAUGUGAAGGAGUUCCUCAUAUCCAGUAGUCAAGAUGGCCAUAAUUGGACUCUGUUUCUUCAUAAUGGCAAAGUAAAGAUUUUUCAGGGAAAUCAAGACUCCUUCACACCCGUGGUGAACGCUCUAGACCCCCCGCUGUUUACCCGCUUCCUUCGAAUUCACCCGCAGAGCUGGGCGCACCACAUCGCCCUGAGGCUGGAGCUUCUGGGCUGCGAGGCGCAGCAGCAGUACUGA